CAAGCCGGCAGCAUUGCAUGUGCGCCUUUCCGAGCGCCACGUAAUCUGCUCUGUACAUGAAAAUUUCUCUGUGUUCUUCACAUAGCGACGUUCAGCGAUGGUUCAGGGCAUGAGUGGUCACAGGAAGGACGUAUCUUUUAACUGCAGCUUCAGGCGAUCUCAAUCUGCCUGAGAAAAGCAUCUUUGCGACGCUGGCGGCGUCUGAGAUGCUCGUGCCGCGGCUGGCCCUUGCACUAUGUGAAGCAACUCAGAUCACCGGGGUCCGUUUUUCAAUCAUCCAUGAAUCCUGGUUUCGAGCGCUGUUCGGACCCGGCACAAUUUGGCCAGACGUUUUGGAUGCAUGUCAGGCGCAGAUCUUCGGUCCCAGGAGCUCUCACUCGCCCCAUCAUCGCAGCACUCAUGUGCAACACACGGCUUCCAAGCUGACACCACUCCUUCCCUUUCCCAUCUUUAUGCACACCACCCUCUUAGAAGAGUCCUCAUACCCUUCGUGGUUCGAUUGGAAAGUGCCAUAUCGGACCUUCGGCUGUCCCAUUAGAGCGUACUCCUCGCUUGCCCAGGCCAAUGCACGCAGCGGCGAUGCACAGCGCACUGAAAAUAGGAAGCCCAGCCUUUAUGAAGAGCGGACGAGGCAGAAGUGGGGGUCGCCGAUGGAACAAAGGCGGGGGCUCUUGCUGGGGACUCUACUCAAAAGCCUUCCGGUCGAUGCUGACUUGCGGGCCGAGCUCUUGAAAGAGGGCCAAACCCGAGACGACUUCUCUCCCGUCGAGAUCCGCCUUGCCCUUCGGACGCUCUGCCUAGACGAUCUUGGACGCAAAACGGUUCCCGACUGGGAGCGCGCGCUCCAGCUUGCAACCUGGUAUCUCGAACCCCUUUGGAAAGUCUCCCCGUUCGACCACACCGUCUUAAACGAACUCUGGAAGAUCCUGGGAGAGGCGAGGAGGGCGGACCGGAUCAUGGCGUUGUAUGAGGAGGGCAAGCGGCAGCGGGGCGUGUCGUUUGGGAAGCAAGUUGUCGAGAGGGUCGUGAAGUCGCUGUUUGUGGCGGGGUAUUACCAGGAGGUGGUUGACGUCAUGGACGAGGCGCAAGAGAACGGGUGGGAGGUGGAGCUGUUUGAUGAGUUCAUCCAGUCUCAGGUAAAUUUGGGUAUGGUCGACGAAGCGCUGAUGUCAUUCGGCACCGCCACUGCACGCAAGCACGGCACGCCGGUCCUGACGCAGACCUACGCCGCACUUCUCGGCGCGGGGGUUCCGAGCGACCGGCUCCGUUCCGGCCGGAACGACUGCGACCUCGCGCGCGCGCUCGGACAGCUGGGCCGGAAACGGGAGGCCGUGCAGAUCUUACGGGACACCGUAUACGCUAUGCGACGGGGGCAGUUCUUUCCGGUGCACCUCUGGCUGGACGCUAUCGUCACGGCGAUCGAGAUGGGGUGCGUAGAGGAAGCGGAAGACUUCCGGGACCGGGGGCAACGGAAUGCGGGGUUCUUCCUCGCGCCCGUGCUGAGCUCCUACGUUAAGCACCGGCACGUGCUGAUGUCACACCGGGCGUUGCUGACUGUGCUCAAGUUGGAGCCGGGGUUGAACGUGAAGGGCAUAGGGCCGGCGCUGAUCAGCCUGCUGUGCCUGGCGCAGCACGCGGACGAAGCGGUAGAGAUUUUAGACGCGUUGCUCAAGCAGGGCUGCGUCCCGUUCCCCAAGACCUUCGGUAAAAUAAUAUUUUGCCUUCUCGACGAGGGCCGGCUGCCUGAGGCGGAGGCCGUGCUCGCGAGCUUCUACCAACACGUCGAAGCGCAGCCCGACCCGCAGCUGAGUACCCGCGUCUUCGACGCGUUCGUUCGUCGAUACCUAAGGGUUAAACAACCCGAGCGGGUUUUGGAACUGGUUAGGCAGGCGCGCGCGCAUAAGCAGCUGAUCCCGCUGAAAGCGCUGUACGAGUGGGUGCAGCAUCUAGAGCGGCACAGUCGGGUGAAUGCCGCGGCGUUGCGGAAGUAUGUACAGGAGGCGACGAGUCGGAAGCAAUAGGUUAAAGGGCAACGUGGACAAGAUCAAAACGCGAAUUUACAACGAAGCCUUGGGGCAUUCUUGGAACUUGUUGGAAUUCUAGGUUUAAGCCGUAGGUGUCAGUUGCUAGCUGGCAGACAAUCAAAGGGUGACAGGUUGAUUACAUGAAAUUGACAUUCGUGGCUGCAUUAGCCACAGCGGACAAGUCCCACAGCAUCAGCUCAGUACUUAGACAGCAACGUUGGCCCUCAUGCUCACAACGUAUGGCGAGCCGAUCAGUUUGCACAGGUG